AUGAACCUGUUCAGAUGUUCGAUGCUUGCGCAGCUGAUUCUCGGAAGAACAGCUCCUGCGGUCUACCACGUCCUUGUGGAGCUGGGUAUCUCUCCAGCUGAAGCGGAAGACAUGGCAACGAACCCCUGCGCUGGACACGGACUGGAAUGCGAUCACCUUGGGCGACUUGCAUUCAUGGACUUACAAAAUCGACGUCUUCAGGGGAAACUGGCCAAAGAGCUGGGAGAACUUCGGUUUUUGCAGAUCCUCCAACUCUCGGAGAACCAACUGGUGGGUGAAAUCCCACAGGAGCUGCAGCACCUGGACUCCUUAGUCUGGCUCGACCUCUCGAGGAACCAGCUGCAAGGUGAAAUCCCAGAAGAUCUCUACAAACUUGGGGCUUUGGAAGGUCUUUGUUUGCAUGACAAUCAGCUGACUGGACCAAUCCCUCACACCUUUGGACGUCUUCAAGUCCUUGAAACUCUUUUCCUAUCGAAGAACCAGCUGACAGGGAGCAUUCCCAAGGAGCUUGGCCGUCUCAAAGCCUUGCGCCAGCUUUUCGUUGGGGAAAAUCAUUUGACAGGCCAGAUUCCUGAGGAACUUGGACAGCUGCAGGCACUGCAAGUGCUUCACUUGUCCAACAACAGGCUCAGCCAUCGUAUUCCCAAGGAGAUCGGCCAGUUGCGUGCUUUACGGGAGCUCAACUUGUCUGUGAACGCUCUUGAUGGCAUCCUUCCCCGAGAACUUUCUGAACUUCAGGAUUUACAGCGUCUUGACUUGUCCAAGAACCAGCUGACAGGGAGCAUUCCCCAGGAUCUUCAUCAACUCAAGGCUUUGCGGCAGCUUCAUCUCAACAACAACCGACUGGAGGGACCAAUCCCCAAAGAACUCGGAGAACUUGGUGACUUGGAACUUCUGUCUUUGUCCGGCAAUCAUUUGAGUGGCCAAAUCCCCAAGGAGCUUGGUCAACUUGAACGAUUGAACAAGCUCCUCCUGUCCGAAAACCAGCUGGAUCAUGAGAUACCUGCAGAGCUGGGCAGGCUGAAAGCUGUGCGGAACCUUGAUCUUGGCUGGAACCAACUCUCGGGACCUAUUCCACCAGAGGUGGGCGAGCUGCGUGAGUUGCGAUUUCUCGUCCUGCCCGUGAAUCAUUUGAGGGGCAAAAUCCCCAAGGAACUGGGUCAACUGGAGCACUUAGAAGAGCUGUUGCUCAGUGAGAACCAGCUCUCUGAGGUAAUCCCUCCAGAACUGGCGCAGCUUCAAAAACUAAUCAGCCUUUACUUAAGAAAUAAUCAGCUGAGCGGAUCUAUUCCAAAGGAACUUGGUCAGCUGUCCAAGCUGCAGGUCUUGGACUUGGGCAGAAACCUUCUUGAUGGCCCCAUUCCUAAGGAACUUGGGGAGCUGAAGGCACUAAUAUGGUUCGACCUUUCUGACAACCAACUUGGUGACCAGAUUCCAAAGGAGCUUGGCCAGUUGCAUUUGCUGCGUCAGUUGUGGCUCUUUGGGAAUGCUUUGACGGGCGAAAUCCCCCAAGAGCUUGGUGAGCUAGAGGCCUUGGAGGACUGUGAUCUCUCGGGCAACUUGCUUAGUCAGAAUCUACCAAAAGAGCUUGGCCGUCUCAAAGCCUUGCGCGAGCUUGCACUUCGUGACAAUCAAUUCACGGGCGCCGUGCCCAAGGAACUUCGUGAGCUGAAGGCACUGGAAGUACUCGACUUGUCCAUGAACAGGCUCAGCCACCGUAUUCCCAAGGAGCUUGGCCAGUUACAUGCUUUGCGCAGGCUCCACCUUUCUGCCAACUUGCUUGAUGGCCACGUCCCCGAGGAGCUUUGUCAACUUCAGGAUUUACAGCGUCUUGACUUGUCCAAGAACCAGCUGACAGGGAGCAUUCCCCAGGAUCUUCAUCAACUCAAGGCUUUGCGGCAGCUUCUUCUCGACAACAACCGACUGAAGGGACCAAUCCCCAAAGAACUCGGAGACCUUGGUGACUUGGAACUUCUGUCUUUGUCCAGCAAUCACUUGAGUGGCCAAAUCCCCAAGGAGCUUGGUCAACUUGAACGAUUGAAAGAGCUCUUCCUGUCAGAAAACCAGCUGGAUCAUGAGAUACCUGCAGAGCUGGGCAGGCUGAAGCUGUUGAAAUGGCUGUAUUUGUCCAAGAACCAGCUUGAUGGACAGAUUCCCAAGGAGCUUGGGCAGCUCAAGUCCCUUCGAGUAUUGCACCUCGAUCAGAAUUGCUUGCAGGGCAAGGUGCCAAAGGAGUUGCAACAUCUGAAGAAGUUGAAGCGCUUGGCUUUGUGGCAGAAUCAGUUCACUGGACAGGGCCAAGACAUGUCGUUUCUGUGGACUUUAGAUCUCCAAGUUGUAGAUCUCAGUCAUAAUCUCUUUUGUGGUAACCUUCCCGAGUUGGCCGAUGUUCGAACAUCCGCUUCGAUCAAGAAGCUCAAACACCUGGAUUUGAGUCAUAACCGCUUUGAGGGAGGCAUCUCAAAGCUCACAGAGAUCUUUUGCAGGUUAAAUCCACCAGGAGGAUCCUUACAGGAGCUGCGCCUCAACCACAACAAGCUCACUGGUGCAGUCCCAGCAUGCUUGAUGCAUUUCCGCCAUUUGAGCUUCCUGGCUUUGAACAACAACCGGUUGCAUGGCCCGCUGCCAGAAGUAGUUGCUCCGCAGCUAGUGGUUUUGGCUUUACACAAGAAUGAGCUGACAGGUGUGCUUCCCAAGAGCUUGCAUUUGCUCAAGAAAUUGGGUGUUUUAACUUUGCAUGAGAACUCCAUGUCGGGCAGCAUCAAUGAUCUGAACUUGACUGUGCCAUGCAUGGACAAUGCAAGGUUUCAACGUGGAGGAAUGGGCUGUGAGCAGGUCAAAGCGUUGAGGUUGGUGGCGCCCAGGUACGUGCCAAUGAAUUUUGAUGAAUUCCUCUCCAACUGUCCGACUUUGUCCGGAUGCUCUGACCAAGGUGUGGCCAAUCUCACACUCCACCGCAACCGUUUCUCGUGCGCAGUGCCUGAACGCGUCAGCCGGGUGAACCUUACUGGACUGGUCAUCAUUGGUAAUAUGCUGGGCUUCGGUAGCGAGCUCAAUUCGACUUGGAUCCUGCCAGAAGAGAAGCAGUCAUUCCUGUACUAUUCCGAUGAAGUUUGGAAGACCAAUCUGUAUCUUCUUUCAGCCUUCCUCAUGUUGCUUUUCUUUGCCGUCCUGUGCCGGCCGCAGCGACGACGCAGGCUGCAGCAAACCUCGCGGAAUUUGGACUUUGUUGGCACUGCUCGUGUGGCAUCGUCCAACUUUGCCUUGUUAAAAGCAGCCGAAAGCACAUUGCUGUUGGUCAGUCCACUUCUUUUGAUCUUUUGGUUCAGAGGUUCUUACUAUGAGUGCAGCCCCCCAUUGUGGCAGCUCACCGUGGCCAACUUCCAAGCAGAUCCAUUGGCUGAAUUUGGGAUCAUUGCCUGUUGGUGCGCCUUACUCUUGCUCUUUCGCUCUACUGUUCAAAGCAUGCCGACCCACCCACUCCACCCAUCCAUCGCAACUGCUCACCGGGCACCGUGUGCUCCUCGAUCGGCCUCGACUCCUCGGAGUUCAGGUCGUCUUUGGAGCGUUUCUGCGUGGCUGCUUUGGGUGGGCAUGGUCUGCGCAUUCUCGUUGCCAUCCAUCCUCUUCGCAUUUGCUCAAUGCUUGCCCGCGCAAAACACAACUGGUUUACAUGAAGAAACUCUCAAGCUGAUCCAUCGAACUGCACCAGUGCUCACAGUCUUGAUCGACAUGGUUCUGGCGGUUCGGCUUUGCACGGUCUAUUCCAGGCUCUCAUCCUUGCAUGCGGAUAGGCUUUUGAUGACCUUCCGCCUGUUUUCUGCGUGGCUGUUGCCCUUGCUGGUCACCAUUUUCUUGGAUGAUAAUUGCCUUUCUGGCUGGAAAUGGACUUGGACCGUUUGCAAGGCAGCAUCACCCGAACACAAAAAAUUUGAUUGGAAGAUCUACGAUGAAGAGAUCUUAAACACCGAACGGGACAUUUGCCAGUUAAGCCAGACCUGGUGGUGUGAUGGCCGCUGUAGCCGUGCCAUCGUGGGGAACUUGACCCCCUUCUUGCUUCAGAAGUUGCUCACACGGAGUACAAUCCAACCACUCCUCCUUUUGCUGAUGUGGCGAUGUUCGCGCUUGGAGGAAAGAGAUUUGCGGAGUGGACUGAGAGGACGUCAUUUGAGAUUCUUCAAGUUUGGACCCAAGACCACCAGCAUGUUGCGUCCAGUGGAGCAAAUGCCCCUGCUGACCACUCAAUUGGAAGUCUUGGUCUUUUGGUCUCCACUGAUCCCCUUGUUGAGCCUGGGCAUCAUGAGUGCGGUCACCGCGAAUUUAUUGCUUUUCGACUUGGCGGUGUGGCGCUUUGGUGUGAAGAUGCCAAUGGAUGAGAUGAAUCAAAAGGCCACCUUGUCAAGGUCAUAUUUGAAUUGGACUCUACUGAGUGGCAGUGGCUUCCAGCUUUGGCAUGCCUUUGGCUCCGGGAUGUGCGGGCGGUAUUUCUUGUUGGCCUUCCACCUUGCCGUCCUGAACCCGUGGGCGACCCGCUUCUUGCCACUCCAGUGGGCGAGGCAGCACUUCUGGGCUGAGGCGGAGAAAGCCGUGGUCAUGGAGUCCAUUGAAUUGGCUUCGCAAGGGUAA